CCAUCAUUGGUAUCAGUGGGAGGAAUAAGUGCCCCAUCAUUGGUGUCAGUGGGAGGAAUAGAGCCCCAUCAUUGGUGUCAGUGGAGGAAUAGUGUCUCAUUAUUGGUGUCAGUGGGAGAAUACUACCCCAUCAUUGGUGUCAGUGGGAGGAAUAGUGUCUCAUUAUUGGUGUCAGUGGGAGGAAUAUGCCCCAUCAUUGGUGUCAGUGGGAGGAAUAGUGUCCCCUCAUUGGUGUCAGUGGGAGGAAUAGUGCCCCAUCCAUUGGUAUCAGUGGAGGAAGAGUGUCCCAUCAUUGGUGUCAGUGGGGGAAUAGUGCCCCCAUCAUUGGUGUCAGUGGGGGGAGGAAUAGUGCCCCGUCAUUGGUGUCAGUGGGAGGAAUAGUGCCCCAUCAUUGGUGUCAGUGGGAGGAAUAGUGCCCCAUCAUUGGUGUCAGUGGAGGGAAUAGUGCCCCAUCAUUGGUAUCAGUGGGAGGAAUAGUGCCCCAUCAUUGGUAUCAGUGGGAGGAAUAGUGCCCCAUCAUUGGUAUCAGUGGGAGGAAUAGUGCCCCAAUCAUUGGUGUCAGUGGAAGGAAUAGUGCCCCAUCAUUGGUGUCAGUGGGAGGAAUAG